CCGGAAACACCGAAACCCAGAGACCUCUUGGGGAGCCGCCGCCGCCGUCCUCUCGGCCGUCGCUGCCUCCGCCGCCUGCUCCACCUCGAGGGACGCGAGCGGGCGGCGGGGCGGGCCGUGAGAGAGACAGAAGAGGAAGGAGGGCAGGGGCGGAGUUGCCCGCCUUAGCCCCCGCCCCCGGCCGCGGCCCCGGGCCCUGCCCCGCGCGGCCCUGCCCGGCCCGCCGAGCCCCGGUGUGGCAGCGGCUCAUGGCGGCCGUGGGGCCCCCGCAGCAGCAGGUGCGGAUGGCCCAUCAGCAGGUCUGGGCGGCGCUCGAAGUGGCGCUCCGGGUGCCCUGCCUUUACAUCAUCGACGCCAUCUUCAACUCCUACCCCGAUUCCAGCCAAAGCCGGUUCUGCAUCGUGCUCCAGAUCUUCCUCCGGCUCCUUGGUGUAUUUGUAUCCAGUAUUGUUCUGAUCUUGUCACAACGAUCACUUUUCAAGUUUUACAUGUACAGCUCAGCCUUUCUGUUAGCUGCAACUUCAGUGUUGGUGAAUUAUUAUGCUUCUUUGCACAUUGACUUCUAUGGUGCCUACAACACGUCAGCUUUUGGAAUUGAGCUGCUUCCUCGAAAAGGUCCCUCGCUGUGGAUGGCACUUAUCGUUCUACAGCUAACAUUUGGAAUUGGAUACGUUACACUACUCCAGAUUCAUUCCAUCUAUUCACAAUUAAUUAUUUUGGAUCUCUUGGUUCCUGUAAUAGGCUUAAUCACAGAGCUACCAUUACACAUCAGAGAGACUUUAGUGUUUACUUCUUCCUUGAUUCUCACAUUAAAUACAGUGCUUGUCCUGGCAGUGAAACUGAAGUGGUUUUAUUAUUCCACACGAUAUGUUUAUCUUUUGGUGAGGCACAUGUAUCGAAUUUAUGGAUUACAGUUAUUGAUGGAGGACACAUGGAAGAGGAUUCGUUUCCCAGACAUACUCCGAGUCUUUUGGCUAACAAGAGUUACAGCUCAGGCUACAGUGUUAAUGUACAUCUUAAGGAUGGCAAAUGAAACUGAUUCCUUCUUUAUUUCUUGGGAUGAUUUUUGGGACCUCAUUUGCAAUCUUAUAAUUAGUGGAUGUGAUUCUACACUAACUGUACUGGGCAUGAGUGCUGUAAUUUCCUCAGUAGCCCAUUAUUUGGGGCUUGGAAUAUUGGCCUUUAUUGGAUCAACUGAGGAAGAUGACAGGCGUCUUGGCUUUGUUGCACCUGUUUUAUUUUUUAUUUUGGCUCUUCAGACUGGGUUAAGUGGGCUAAGACCAGAAGAGAGACUUAUUCGCUUAAGUAGAAACAUGUGCCUUUUAUUAACUGCAGUCCUGCAUUUUAUCCAUGGAAUGACAGACCCUGUAUUAAUGUCUCUCAGUGCCUCUCAUGUGUCAUCUUUUCGUAGACAUUUUCCUGUGCUGUUUGUCUCUGCUUGCCUGUUUAUUCUUCCUGUCUUACUCAGUUAUGUUCUUUGGCAUCACUAUGCACUAAAUACAUGGUUGUUUGCAGUUACAGCAUUUUGUGUGGAACUGUGCUUAAAAGUAAUUGUUUCUCUCACUGUUUAUACGUUAUUCAUGAUUGAUGGCUACUAUAAUGUCCUCUGGGAAAAGCUUGACGAUUAUGUCUACUACGUUCGUUCAACAGGCAGUAUUAUUGAAUUUAUAUUUGGAGUUGUAAUGUUUGGAAAUGGGGCUUACACUAUGAUGUUUGAGUCAGGAAGUAAAAUUCGGGCUUUUAUGAUGUGCCUACAUGCAUACUUUAACAUCUACUUACAAGCCAAAAAUGGCUGGAAGACAUUUAUGAAUCGUAGGACUGCUGUGAAGAAAAUUAAUUCACUUCCUGAAAUAAAAGGGAGCCGCUUACAAGAAAUAAAUGAUGUAUGUGCAAUCUGCUAUCAUGAGUUUACAACAUCUGCUCGUAUUACACCAUGUAAUCAUUAUUUCCAUGCACUUUGCCUUCGGAAGUGGCUGUACAUUCAAGAUACUUGUCCAAUGUGCCAUCAGAAAGUAUACAUCGAAGAUGAUAUCAAGGAUAAUUCAAAUGUAUCCAACAACAAUGGAUUUACUCCACCCAAUGAAACUCCAGAGGAAGCUGUAAGAGAAGCUGCUGCUGAAUCUGACAGGGAAUUGAACGAAGAUGACAGUACAGAUUGUGAUGAUGAUGUUCAAAGAGAAAGAAAUGGAGUGAUUCAGCACACAGGCGCAGCAGCUGAAGAAUUCAAUGAUGAUACUGACUGAUGAAAAUAGCAUUUAUUAAUCAUUGAGGUAUUUGUUUAAAAUUCAGUUCAUCCAAAAUGGAGUAAUAUCCUUCACCUUCAGUGUGUAACCAAGCACAAAAACAGUAUCAGUGUUGAAUCUGUGAAUGGUUUUCCGUUUACUGUGAUGUGCUACUGUAAAUAUACCUCUUUAAUUACUUCUGGUCUCUUUGGUGACCUGUUUAAAUUUGUGUACAUUAUUGUACAUAGAAUAAAACGUUUUCACAUUUUUAUGACAAAA